AUAAAAUGUUAAUGUCUAGGUUAUGUGAGUUAUAGAUAAAUGCAAAUGGGUAGAUAUUUAAUAGUCCAGAUCGAUCAAUAGAGGGAUUAAGUUGCAAUCAGUUAAGCUCCGGUGCCCAUGAAUAUACGUGUAAAUUGGUCGUUCGCGCCACAACCCGGGAUCUUUUCCAAAGCUUCCAGACAACUUUGUAGUCGUCAGGUUCAGGGCCUGGAAUGGUCCUGUGGAUUUGCUGAAUUGUACCAGCAGGAUUGGGGGCCCUGGGCUAGGGGAAGAUUGGCUACAUCGACUGAGCACAAGUUAACGUCACUGCCCAGGUCACUGAGGUUUCAUAACAAAACGCUUGCAAGGUCACUGAAGUCGUUGUAGACCCUACCGUAGAUCUUGACGAUAAAGAGCAAGGAACUCAAGGGAAGGAGAUGCGUCUGUGUUUACCCUCCAAAAUGACCAGUCGAUUCCCCAGGCUUGUCCUCUGCACCACGCUCUAUUUGCUGGCCUAUGCACUGGCCCUGGAGAAGGGAGAAAUUCUGGACAUGUCAUACGGCUUUGACGAUGACUCUCUGGCGUUCCCUGGGCUGGGGUUCUUCGAGUUCACUAUUCAGGCACGAGGGCCUACCGGACCAUUGCCUUGGUUGGAAAUGAACUCGUACGGAACACCAGAACACAUAGGCACACAUCUCGAUGCCCCGGCACACGGCUCCCAAGGUAAGAUGCGGGUCGACGAUAUACCGCUCAGUCGAUUUACAGGCCCAGCCAUCCGAGUUGACAUCUCCGAGAAGGUGAAGCAGGACAGAGAUUAUGGAAUGACCGUCAAGGAUCUGCAAGACUGGGAAGUCGUCCACGGCAGGAUUCCGGACGGUUCUCUGCUCUUCGUCUACACUGGUUGGGGAGCCUUCUACCCAGAUCGGCUGGCCUAUUUUGGCACGACGCGCAACGACACCUAUCUGGACGAGCAAGGCAGGUCUAUUCUCCAUUCUCCGGGCGUGGCGCCAGAAGCAGCCACGUGGCUGGUAGCCAAUCGCAAAAUAUCGGGUCUCGGGCUUGACGCGCCCUCUCUCGACAGGGGACCGAGCAGCGAUUUCAUGACCCACCAGAUUUUGUUUGGUGCAAACAAAUUCGGCAUUGAGAACGUGGCGAACCUAGACAAGCUUCCCAACACUGGGGCCAAGGUGUAUGCGUUUCCUAUGAAAAUUAUAGAUGGAAGUGGAGCACCAGUACGUAUUGCCGCCAUGUUGGAUGAGGCAGAUAUCUCUAGGGCAGUCACCUUUCCCCCUGCAAUUACUACAUGUUUUAUUUGCUUGGCUUCAGCAUUAGUUUACUAAAAUGAUAACAACCUGUUUAAUACAGGCGAUUCACAAAAGUGCGCCUCCAAAAGUUUCCAACGCGUUGGCCAAUCACAAUGCGCGAACUCUGUCGACCCAAUGUGCGUUUUAAAAGGGUUGACAGAUUUUUGGUGUCGUGAUUAGCCAAUGCGUUGCAGAAGUGCACAAUCGCGAAUCGCUCGUAUUGGGUGUUUUUUCCUAUUUCGAGUAAUUUGCUUAGUGAUAUGGGCCUAAUUAAAUACCAGUUGUAUUGAUAAUACUCAAGGUAGUUUGUGUUGAAAUAUUUCAUUUAUUCUGUUAUCAGUUUGACAGAACUACAUUUAUUUCAAUCUCUCCUACUUUAUUUGUGAACUUUUUAUUUGAAACCUUUGUUUCUGGUGUUACUUUCUGACAAAUAGAAGUGAAUUUAAUAAUGUAGAUGUGUAUCAUCUAUUUAUCAGUAUUAACAACUGCAAUAUCGGUAUUGUUUGUGUAGCAGCAGCGCUUGCGCGCCCCCCUGGAGUGGAACCCAAGUAUCCACGAGGUGGAGAAUAAACUCCCGGUAAGGGAUGGAUUGGACACAAA